AUGUGUUCCUCUUGCCGAGCUGUACUCAACAUUCUCCAGGAGCUGCUGAGCCGAAACGAGGAGAUCGAAGAGCUUUGGGCACGGUUUGUGGCAUCAAGUUCACAGUGCAUCGUGAACAGUCCAAACGGGAAGAUGAACCUCACUUUUCUGACAGAGAAGGAGACACCCGAAGAUGCGUUGAAGAAGUAUGCCUCGGCCUCUGCGAGCGCAGGCUCUCUUGGGAAGCUCAAAAACUUCUUCGAAGAGGCGCAGACUGCCAUAACUAGACCGCUAAUGCUGGUUUCGGUGCUGCUCUACCAUCCACAGGCAUUGAUGCGUUUGGACGCAUUCAAAGUUGGCUGCCGGAUUUUGCGAGAUCCCAACGAGGGCUUGCAGGAGGCGUAUAAAUCCCAUACCAGUGACGAGAUGCACUUGCAAAAGGCUGUCGGAUUUCAGUUCUGCGUCUUCGAGGAUCUCUACAGGCGUCUGAAACAUAGAGCCCUGUCGGCUUCGGAAUGCCCAGAUGCCGGCGUGAUCGUCUUCAUCUGA